AAAAGCCGUUGUUAAUUAUUGCUAGCUUGCUGCUGCUGUAGAGCCUAGCAAGGGGAGAGAAACCGUUGGAGAAUGUAGAAUACGUUUGACAAAAAACAAGUAAAGUUUAGGAUUGAUAAACAUCUGGCAACGUUGUAGAAAGAAACUGAACAGGUAUCACCAGCAACUUGGCAACAUCUCUUCUCUCCCCUGGCUCUCAAGUGUUUAGUGACACUGGCCAAUUGAUCAUAUCUUAAAGACACCCAGUGCCUCUCUACCUGAUAGAUAAUUUCUUAUCCUUACAUUUGCUGAAAACUAACACCAGCAGGACAGAAAAAACACAAGUUAGGACAUUUUUCAUGCAAAGUCAAAUACACCGCAGCUACCAAAGUUACCUGUUAAUACUGUAUUACGUCCAACCUUAUCCAAGCUAAACCUCAAACUCUUCAUUCAUCAGCAUUAGUUUUCUCAUCAGGUCUGGCUAUAUUAGAAAGUUGUAACACUACUUUGCACCAUUAUGGCCUCCAUUACCCAGUCAUCUGAGCCUGAGAUCCCAGACAACCACAAAGAAAGCUGGCUGGCACUUCUUUCUGCUGCAGAAACAUAUUGCCAAAAGUCUGGCUGUGACCUGGCCAUACUUACAGCGUGUAAGAAGUUCCGGUCAUUGGGUGAAGGUGAAGAUGGGAUGAGGAAACGGGAGAGCAGCAGUGCCUUUCCUAAGGAGUGUGAUUUCUCCUACAAUGUAUGGGGUCAAGGGUUUCUUGCGGAGUCGGCUCGGCGCUACAUGGAUGACAUCGGUGUGCUGCACUCCACCACGAUGCUAACAGCCCAAAAGCACACACGCCAAGUGGGGGGAGAGAGAGGAACCAAACUGGUUGUUGACCUGACCUCUGACCUCGGACACAGAGGGAGCUUCCAGGGAGAUGGAGGGGUGGGCGGAGUCAGUCCAAACAACAGACUUUAUUCGCAGAGCUAUCCGUCAAUCUACAACUCAGGAGCUGCGACCGGGCAGGCGGGUGUGCAGAACGACAACGGAGAGAGGGAACGGGAGAAGUUUGAGCUGGAGGCCGAGCAGGGGAGACAGAGGUCUGUGAUUGAAGAUUUGGAAGAAGAGUGUGAGGACGAGGAAGAUGAAGAGGAAAUGGAUGAGAGGAGACCAUAUGGGCAUGAAAGCGCUGGUGUUUUCUCCAUGGAUGAGGACUCUCUUUCUCGGGAUUGCGAACCGUUCUUCGAGUCCGACGGGGAAGAGGAGAGCACUGAUGGCUCUUUGAGUGAGGAUGCCCCUCCACCAACGCGUGGCAUGGCCAUGGGUCAGUCUGCGUACUCGCUCCGCCACACCCACGCCAUGGCUAUGGCCCGCUCGCUGCCCGUCUCUGUGCCUGUGUGGGGCCUCAAAGGAGGCAGAGCUCAAGGAGAAAACAACAGUGGAGAACGGGUGGGCUGUGCUGACCUGGAGCACAUCGCUGCCAGUAUGAAGGCCCUGCUGGCCCCUGGAGCCAAUGAUGGGACAGAAAUGUUUGGAGCCCUGCCUCGGCCCCGUCUCAACACAGGGGACUUCUCCCUCAAGCACUAAGAGAGAGUGAGGCCAGUGGAGAGAAAGAGAUAGAGGGGGAUAGAGAUAAAGGUUGUCAUGACGGCCGGAGUUGGGUUGGCUGGCAGAUGUGACGUGCAGUAUGUGAAACAAUGUAAAAGCUAUUACCUCCAUUUAUUUCUCACUAACCAAAUUUGAACUGUACAUGCUUUGAGGAAAAUGUUGUUAUGAACACUAACAUUUAAACAUUUCAUUACUAUACCCCCACCAACCCCGUCACUACAUGUCAACAACACCAGCAGCUACACAACCCUCAACACUACAUUAAACACUAAAACGAUGUGUGUAGGAGUCCAACUGGCACGGCCAAUUGGUAACUGUUCAGCACUUAGUGUGCAAGGCUUGGAAGUAUGUCCUGUGGUAAAAUUACCUGCGAAGUAAAGAGAGUUUGGAGAGCAGCAUCAGGCUGGUUCAACAUUCACGGCUCCAGUAUUACAUGCUAACGCCCUAGCAGACACCAUUUUGAGCUAUAGCUCCAAUAUUAUAAGCUCUAAAGCUCAGUUUCUCAGUUUCCUUAAAAAAGGAUUGUUUGAAAUUGGGUUUAAAGUGCUUAUCCAUGCUCAGUGUACAACCAACUACUACCAGUUUACAAAAACAAAGAGUACCAGCAGCGGAGCAGAGCAUUGCACUGCUGUGGGCCGGAGCAGCAGCCAAAUGUAGUUAAGCUACCUAAACAAAACAUUUAAUUUUGUUCGAUAUCUGUUUAUGUAUUAUUAGGUGUCCACUAUAGUUAAUAACUUAAAAAAUACUGUACUCUUCAAAGCCACCAGACUUAUUGAAAUAUUUGUACUGGUGCAACAGGAGAAUAUUUAUUUACUUCAGUACUGGUACUUCUAUCAGUUUCUCCUAAUUCAACUCCACUUAAACAAAUCUGAACUAUCCCUUUAAACAAUUCAUGGCUAAGAGAGGGAGUCAGUUACUUUUCUGAAACAUGAUAUAAAAUCUGUUUACAGGAAUAGUUGAACAUCUUUUAUUUCACUCUCUUAUGUCUAUGCAUGAAGUUUGGAGCGAGAUGGUUACCAAGUUAACAUCCUGUAACUAUAACUGUCUCCCAGCCUAGCUCUAGCUCAUGGCCCUCUGCAUUUAGCCCAGUAUAUACUGGAUUUUAGUAUGAAGGACCAGAGCCAGUGAUCUCCCAGACCCCAUGGAUGUUUUCAGGCACACAUAUGGAAAAAAGGUUGUCUUUUCAAAAUGUGAGCGGAGGACACCAGUUCCUCCUCAUAACUGGCCUAUUUGAACUUUUUCUUUUGCCAAUGAAUGACUGACUGAUAGUAUGAUUGUAAAUCAAUACUGAGUUAUAGGUUGUUAUUUUUUCUGCUCCAGAUAUCUUGUUGAAAUGACCGAGUGAAUGAAAAAGUGACUGUGGGAGAAAGAGAGAGCUGAAUGAGUGGAUUUGAAAGGAAAAUGUCCAUCUUUGACAUUUCAAAAACAAACAAAUGUUCCGUUAAGUACGUUAAGUUUCAAAUAAAGGAGCAACACCGAGAAAAAAAA